CUCAAGUUGGUCCUUGAUGCAAUGUAUCCAUCCCUCUUCUCCUCCUCCCCCAAGAUUUCAAACCCCACUCAUAAAAUUGCCUCCCCUCUCUCUCUUCCUUCGUCAUCAUGCUUCCCCUCUCCUGCCCCCAUCUCCAUCCAUCCACAGCACCGUCGCCAGAAAGUGGAUACACGAGUCCUCACCUCCGCGCGACGAUAUCUACCUUGCCGUCAGGGGAUCCGCCUUUGCUGGUCUCUUCCUUUUUUUAGUGCUGGCUGGUGCGGAAUCCAAUCCGGGAGCAUCUGUUCUGUAAGCAUUUAGUUUCUCACGGUUGAUGUUCGCCCAUUCGUGAUCUUUGGUGCCUCUUUCGGUUGGAACUUGGAAGUAGCUACUGAUUUGGAGGAGAGGGGGUUCUUGGGGAGGAUUUCGUUCAGGUCGAUGCGUGGUACGGACUUGACGAAAAUGCAAGUUUCAGGAUCCAAGGUAUUGCCACUUGCGAUGCAGUCCUUCCAAACCAGAUGAUGGGCAGUACAGUCACCAGACUUCAGAUCUGUCAAAAACCUUCAGAAACCACAGGACUUCUCACCCAUCUCAGUUCCUGGACGACACCCGCUGAUCUGCACCCACCAAACAACACAUGGCUAGCCAAUUUGGCGCCAUGGAUACUAGGCAAAGGAGGAAUCCUGUGUUAGUCAGACCAAAUGCUGCAAAGAGGCAUCUGCCGCAGCAGAGAGCAAAUGCUGCUGACAAGAAGGCUGCCGCACCCAACUACUUCGGCGUUGAAGCGUUCCUCGUGCUCGCCUGCCUCACAGCUUCACUGCUCAUACUGCCGUUGGUGUUGCCUCCUUUGCCCCCGCCGCCGUCGCUGCUGCUGCUCUUGCCGGUCUGCUUGCUCAUCCUUCUGAUGGUGCUGGCCUUCAUGCCGACCGAUGUGCGGAGCAUGGCCACAUCCUACUUGUAAAUAGGCUUGGUUAUGCGGUUUUUGUUUGUGAUUGUGUGGACAUAAGAUGAGUGCAAUGUGAAGCAUCUUUCCCGCAAGAUUAUAUUUCGAAUGGUGAAGUUCAGUAACUUUGCAAGGUAUUGGUUGGACUUGGAAA